AUGUUUGCAAGAUUAGAAGAGUUCGAUGUACUCACUCCACUCCAGACGACUCCUGCUGCGAGUAUUGCGUCUGGUACUUCUUAUAAAAACUACGGAAGUUCCAGUCCAUCAACGUCUUCAGGAUCAGAUUCUAGAAUACAAUUAAUACCUCCAAUACUUUCUUCGUCGUCAUCAGAUUCUCCUCCACCUCCAAGAAGACCCAAUCAUGGAAAGACGUUGAUAGUACCAUUGAAUGCUUCAAGAUACCGCUCUCCCAUGACAAUGAAUAUAGCUGGUACUCCAGAUAGUCGUCUAACGUCAUUUGAAUGUGGAACAACAAAAAGUUGUGCAACAAUUCCGGAGGACGAUGAAGAUGAAAUGAAUGAAUUAUUAUCAAUCGAUAGAACUUCCCUAUCAGUUUAUGAGCAACCUUCCGGAAGAUUCGGAUAUUCUGCAUACAAUCUGACACUUCCUCAGCCAACUCCAGAAUUUCAGCUUCCGGCUCCAACGUAUUCCCCUCCGUCUCUUCCUUCGGAAUCGCCUGCAACUAAGCCAACCAAAAUUGAUAUUCCAGAAGUUUUAGAGAAUGAAGAGGAUCUAGAUCAAGAUCCUGUUUCUGUUUAUGAAUUUUCAAGAGUUUCUGACCCGAAUUCCCCUCAUUCAUCAUCAAAUUCAAUCAGUGAUAGCCUUUAUUUCAACAAUUUCGAUGUGAUUUCAUCUGCUGCAAAUUCUCAGAUUUUCGAAGCGAGUCUUUGUGGUGAAUCAGAUGUUGCUUCGAAAUUUCAACUUCAUCGAAUAGAAGAAGAAUCUGAAAAUGGUGAUGAACAAAGUGGGGCAGGUGUCCAAGAGCCACAAAUCAACAGCAUGACGAAUAGUGCUUCUCAAUUCUUUCCACGGAGUAUCUCUCAACAAUUUGAUAUGAUGAGACUGCAAUAA